AUGGUGCACCGACCCUGUUUCACCUUAAACGCGCUCGUCUUCCUUUUGUCGGAGCCCCCGACCCGGGCCGGGCCGCCCCCUGCCGUCUGCCCCCCCUGGGGCCGUGAGCGCCAGGUGUGCCGCGCCCGCCAGCACGCCCAGGAGCAGCAGCGUGGCGGCGCCGCUGCAAGAAGUCCGCGAAUCCGUGCGGAGCUCAAAAAGUUUAUGUUUGCGUUUUUUGUGUUUCCCCUGGUAGAUGAAAGUUUCAUUGCCCAAAGACGGCAAUGCUCCAGGAGAUGCGAAUAUUUUUACGGCCGCGCCCAGGGCUCUUUUGUGAUUGAGCCAUUGGGGUGA